AUGAGCAGCAACAACAGCCUGACUCCUUUUUACUUUGAGUUCUCUCUGUUCACAGACCAGGGGCGGCUCAGAUAUCUGUCCUUCAGUCUGUGUCUGUUGAUCUACAUGACUAUAAUCUGUGUUAACGCCGUCAUUAUUCUGUCAGUGUGUGUGGAGAAGUCUCUGCAUCAGCCCAUGUAUAUAUUUAUCUGCUGUCUGUCUGUGAACUCUGUGUACGGCUCAGCCGCCUUCUUCCCCAGGUUUCUGAUGGACAUACUGUCUGACACUCAUUUCAUCUCCCGUCCGUCUUGUUUCAUCCAGAUGUACAUCAUUCACACUUACAAAGGACACGAGCUGACUAUUCUGACUGUCAUGGCCUAUGACAGGUUUGUUGCUAUUUGCCAGCCUUUACACUAUCACAGUAAAAUGACGUUGAGGAUGGUGCGAUAUCUUCUGAUUUUUGCCGUGCUCUACCCUCUGUGUAUUUUUAGCAUCUUCUUCUAUCAGUCCAGCAGUGUGCCUUUGUGUGGUAAUCAGCUGCACAUUUUUUGCAGCUUCUUAUCUAUGCUGCAGCUGUCCUGUGUGAAAGAAAGUGUGAUGAACAUAGUAGGUCAGUUGCUCGUUGUGCCAUCAAUCUUUUUACCCUUGUUCUUUGUCCUGUACUCCUACCUGCAUAUUGUACUUGUCUGCAGAAGAAGCUCGUCUGAAUUCAGAGGAAAGGCGUUACAGACCUGUCUGCCUCACAUAGUGACAUAUGUGAACUUCUGCAUCUCAGUAUUCUGCGAAGUUCCACUGAGUCUUAACUUUAGUGAAGUCAAUACAUAUGUCAUUGUUGUCUUAUCUCUGGAGUUUCUGAUCAUUCCCCCCAUCAAUAACCCUCUGGUUUACGGCCUGAAACUGCCCCAGAUCAGAAGAGUCAUUUUUGGAUAUGUGAAGAUUCACAUAAGGCAGAGAUGA